CUUCCAACUCCACCCACCUUUCCGCUCCCAUAUCCUCCCUCCUACAUCCUCUUCUCCGGACCACCACAGCACCAAAAAUGUCCGCCCGCCGCAGACCCGCGGACAUACCCUCAGAUCUCAACGGGCCACCUCUCACAACCACCAUGCCCGCCUCCUCCACCCCUCCCUCCCCGCGCUCGCCCUUCCUCCCCACGCGCCUCGAAGCCCUCCUCAUCUCCAUCUACCCGCUCACCCUCUUCCUGGGCUCCGUCUUCUCCACCCUCUCGGCAACCACGCGCUCGGCGCCCUACAGCGCGUCCUCGCAAUCGCACCCGCCCGAGUUCGCGCCGUCCUACUUCGCCAAGAAGAAGAACAUCUUCAACGUCUACUUCGUCAAGGUCGGCUGGUUCUGGACCACGCUCGCCUUCGUCGUCUUCGUGCUCACGAACCCGGGCCUCGGCGUGCCGCUGCGCCCCUACGUGACGCGCCGCCGCGUCGCCGCGUCGCUGCGCUACGCGGCCGUGACGGCGUGGUGGACGGUCAUCACGCAGUGGUUCUUCGGCCCACCGCUGAUCGACCGCGGCUUCCGGUUCACGGGCGGCCAGUGCGAGAUGCUGAGGGAUGCGGCCGCGCGCGAGGACAUGUCGGAUGCGCGCGAGUAUUUCACGGCCGCGGCGUGUAAGGCGGUUGGCGGCCAGUGGAAGGGCGGGCAUGAUAUUAGCGGGCAUGUGUUCUUGCUCAUUAUGGGGAGUGGGCUGUUGUGGUUUGAGAUUCUGCCGGCUUUGACGCGCGCCGAGGGGCUUAGGGAUGGGAGGAGGGUGCUGUUGAGUGAUGGGAAGGUGGCGAGUGUGGCUGUGGAGAAGCAAGCGGAGAAGAAGGAGGCGGCGAACCAGACGCAGGAACAGGUCACCGCUGCGGGAGUCAAGAUUGCGUUGGGAGUGGCGGCGCUCAUGUGGUGGAUGUUGCUCAUGACCGCGGCGUUCUUCCAUACUUGGUUCGAGAAGUUCACGGGUCUGUUGGUUGCGUUUGCAGGGCUUUGGGUGGUAUACUUCUUGCCGCGAGGCGUUCCGGCGCUGAGGGCAGUGCUGGGUAUGCCGGGGGUGUAGAUGUUCUUGUGUCAGUGAAGCGAAGCAUGAGCGGUGUUUGGAGUAUUGCGGUGUUUUUCUUCGGUUCGUAGAUGGAUCGACGACUGCAUAAUAGAGAAAAUAGACUCUCAACUAUUGG